CUCCUCCUCCUCCUCUCUCUUUCUCUCUCCCCUCUCAUCUCCUUUCCCCAUUUCCGUCCCUUUAUAUCCCUCUCCCCUUCCCCCCAAACCCUAACCUCGCCCAAUUCCACCUCCACCACUCCGAUGACGAUCGAUCUCCCUUGCGACGGCGACGGCAUCUGCAUGGUUUGCAAGGCGGCGCCGCCGGAGGCGGAAAUGGUGCACUGCUGCACCUGCGCCUCCCCCUGGCACGCCCAGUGCUUGUCCAAGCCCCCCGAGUCCAUGGCCGUCGUUGCCCGGUGGCAGUGUCCCGACUGCGACGCGCCCGAAGAGGGCUUCGUUUCUGCCCCGGCUGCCGCUCCGUCGGGCGGAAACGCCGAACUCAUCGCCGGCAUACGGGCUAUCGAGGCCGAUGGACUGUUGACGGAGGCGGAGAAGGCUAGGCGGAGGCAGGCGCUCCUUGGAGGCGGCGUGGCUGCCGCGCAGGUUGACGAUGAGGAGGAGUCAAAGAAGAAGAAAGGAAAAGCGAGUGACGAUGUUCUUGAGCUACUCGACGAGAAGUUUAAUUGCGCCUUCUGCAUGCAGCUGCCGGAGCGCCCCGUAACUACACCAUGUGGUCAUAAUUUCUGUUUAAAAUGCUUCCAAAAGUGGGUUGGUCAAGGUAAACUCACAUGCGCAAAGUGCCGUUCUCCUAUCCCAUCUAAGAUGGCAAUGCAACCAAGAAUCAACUCAGCACUUGUUGUGGCUAUUCGUAUGGCAAAGACUGCAAAGUCAACCAGUGGUGUCUCGUCACCUGUGUAUCAUUUCAUUCGAAAUGAAAACAGACCUGAAAAGGCAUUUACUACUGAGAGAGCUAAGAAGGCUGGCAAAGCAAAUGCAUGCAGUGGGCAGAUCUUUGUUACCAUUCCUCCUGACCAUUUUGGUCCCAUACUUUCUGAAUACGACCCAAAAAGACAUCAAGGUGUUUUGGUUGGUGAAACAUGGGAAGAUCGAAUGGAGUGCAGACAAUGGGGUGUUCAUUUACCACACGUGGCAGGGAUUUCUGGGCAGUGUGAUUAUGGUGCUCAAUCUGUUGCACUUUCCGGAGGAUAUGAGGAUGAUGAAGAUCACGGAGAAUGGUUCCUUUAUACUGGCAGUGGUGGGAGAGAUUUAAGUGGAAACAAGCGCACAAACAAGGAGCAGGCCUUUGAUCAAAAGUUUGAAAAACUUAAUGCAGCGUUAAGAGUUAGUUGCUUGAAAGGAUAUCCUGUACGAGUGGUGAGGUCUCACAAGGAGAAGCGCUCAUCAUAUGCUCCUGAAACUGGUGUACGUUAUGAUGGGAUAUACAGGAUUGAGAAAUGUUGGCGAAAAGUUGGGAUUCAAGGCUUCAAGGUCUGUAGAUAUCUUUUUGUUCGAUGUGAUAAUGAGCCAGCACCAUGGACCAGUGACGAACACGGUGAUCGCCCUCGGCCUUUGCCAGUCAUUAAAGAGCUAAAAAAUGCAACGGAUGCUGCUGUAAGGAAGGAAACUCCGGCAUGGGAUUAUGAUGAGGAACAUGGCUGGAAAUGGAUGAAGCCUCCACCAAUUAGUAGAAAGCCUAUAUUCAGUGGUGAUGAAAGAAAAUCUGCCAAGAGGGCUGUAAAGCAUGUCCAGAAUAUGUCCGUAAGGGAGAGGCUCUUGAAAGAAUUUAGCUGUCUUGUGUGCCGGAAAGUAAUGACUCUGCCACUGACUACUCCUUGCGGUCACAAUUUCUGUAAGUCUUGCUUGCUUGGAGCAUAUGCUGAUAAGUCCUUUGUCCGUGAAAGGACCCGUGAAGGCGGUCGUUCCCUUCGAGCACAGAAAAUUGUUAAAAAAUGUCCAUCUUGUCCGAUCGAUAUAUCUGACUUUUUACAAAAUCCCCAGGUCAACAGGGAGUUAAUGGAUCUAAUAGAGUCACUUCAAAAGAAGACUGCAGAAGAGCAGCAAAGUGAGGAGAGCAGUGACAUAGUAGAGAAGUCCAGCGAGGAUGAAUCUGAUGCUAUGGAGAAAAAGUUUCCGAGCGAAGGUGGGAGCAACAAUGUAGAGAAAGCAACUGGGAGCGCAGAAGGCAGAGACAGCGUGGAAGAAAACAAUCUUGAAUCUAUAGAUGGUGACUCAGAUGUUAAUGUUGCCAAUUCUGAGUCUGAGGAAGCAGGUCUGAGCAAUGCAAAUGCAGUUAACGAGGCAAGUGGAACAAACUCUCGGCCUUCAUGCAAACGAAAAAAUGCUGUUUCUCGGUCAUCAGGUGUCAAGAAGGCACAGAACGAAGAGGCCACUGCUAUGGACUCUGAGUCCUUCAAUGCUGAGAAAUCUGAUGCCGUUGGAAAGGUAAAGGUUGACAAUUUAAGCUCUGAAAUGGAGCAAGAUAUCAAGGAACAUGUUCCUGGCCAAGUCAGUGAAGCCAAAGGUUUUGCUUAUCGCAAGCAGAGCAGCCCUGCACCGAAGAGGGCUAGAAAGGGAAAGUAAUGAUGCUUAGGUUGACCCUUUGUGAUCAUGGGUGUGGAGCUUGAAAAGGCUCCAUUUUGUUAAAACGCCCUUUUGUCCGCUUCUUUCUCAUACAAACAUAUGAAAGGGAGUGGUGUUUUUGGAUGUCAUUGGCAUUUUAUCAGGUUGAAGAUGAUGCAUAUAUAGCAUCUUAAGCACUGUUCGUGACAGUUAUUUUUGAACAUGGUGUUAUAGUGCCCUAUAUUUUCGCCCUUUGGGCAUCUUCAAA